AUGAAAAUCGCUUCAAAGGGAAAAAAGAAUUGCUCAAGAAUCCAAUAUUGGAGUCAAAGCGGAGAAUCGGAAAUCGAUGGUAUUUCUAUCGAUUCGUCAUCCUUGUUAGAGGCUUCGCUUUCAGUUCAUCCAACCCACAAUCAAAGCCACGUUUCUACUCAUCCAUUUUGGAGGCCAUUCCCAUUGACUCUUGUGCCAAAAGUCGUUUGUCCAGAUUCAAUCAAGACAAUUUUUGUCACUUAUUCAGCAACUUCUAAUUCAAAGAGAAGAGCCGCAAUUCGUCGGACUUAUGGAGACAAGAAAUGGAAACAAAAACUCAACUAUCAAACAAUGUUUGUUGUCGGAAAAAGUGAAAAUGAAGAAGAGAAUCGAGCCUUAGACAGCGAAUCGAUCGAGUUCGGUGAUCUCUUGCAAGCCGAUUUUCUCGAUUCUUACCGAAAUUUAACCAUCAAGGGAGUGACGUGGAUGCGUUUUCUUCGUGACAAUUGCCCUCAUACGACAAUGGUUCUAUUGCUAAAUGAUGACAUUUUGCCAAACAUUUUUUGGAUCUUCACCGACUUGGCGAAAGGACGAAUUUCGACGAAUCGCACUUUUACAUGUGUCUCAACAAUUGGGAAACCGAAUCGCAAUGAGAAAUCACCA